GGAGCCCGCGCGCUUCGCAUUGGGCGUGAGCUCCUCUAGGGUAUUCCCGAUCAUCUUUUUGCGACAACUUUGCGAAUGGCUGGAAGAAGAGAGGAUGUGCUUUUAACGCCAAAUCCUGAGUUAACUGCGUUGCAUCGGAAGAUAGCAAAGAAAGAAUUGCAUGAAAAUCCGGAACACAUUGCUGCUCAUAUAACAAGCCUGAGAAGAUGGAUAACCUCAACGAAACAUUUGGAAUAUCCAGACGAUGACCGCGUAUAUUCUGCCUUCCUACGUCAUGCUAAAUAUGAGCAUUCUGUGGCACAAGGUCGGAUGGACAACUUCGCCACUUUGAGAACGUCGGAAAAGUGUAGUACCUCCAAAUGGUUUAUUCUUCCACCUAUCAGUGACCCAGUUGUUGAGAGAUAUCUGAACUCCGGGAUCCACAUUCCGGUUGGGUUUCUGGACGACGGGACAUUUCUUUUUAUCGUGCGUCCAGCUGCCCUGGACAAAGAAAACUUCCCAGUAGAAUUCGUACUGAAAUUUGUAACUUUUCAUAUGGACCGGAUAUUUGAAGACCCGCGAGUACAAAUAUGCGGUAUUCGCUUAUUCAUGGACAUGACCAAUGUCUCAUCAAAGCUCAUGCAAAAAAUGAAUCCCGCAAAGAAUUUUAAGGAAAUCAUCAAAAUGUUUCAGGAGGGAUAUCCGGCCCGUAUUAAAACUUUUAUUUACUACAAUGAACCUAUUUGGAUGGAUCAACUUCUCAAGAUAAUGUUCACGUGGAUGAAACCAAAACUGAGAGAAAGAAUAAUUCGGUCCAAAAGUGAUAUAACGAAGGCCUUUGCAAAAGUGCAUGGUUUGCAAGCUAUACUCCCUAGAGAAUACGGUGGUGACAAUCGCAGCAUCAAUGACAUUAUAGCGGAAAGGAAUGCUUGGUUCAGGAAGCAGUACGAUGAACCUACCAUUUGGACUGGAAUAAAAGUAGACGAAAGCAAGAGGCCAGAGUCGGCCAAACACUACCUGAAGGAAUAUAAAGAGUAUUCUGAACAUUCCAUGGGUCAUGCGGGAACAUUCGUGCAGCUUCCACAAAGCGAUUAAUCUUGUGGGUGCCUACAGUCUGUGAUCAUCGUCUUCUGUAUACCAGUCUCCCUGACUACCUAGGUGUCUUUCUACUGUUGGAUAUUUCCACUCACCAAUUCAUAAACACGUACGAUAUCACGGAAAUUUGGCAAUUUAUUUAAUACGAAAACUUUUAUUCCUCUUCUUUGGUGCUCUGAUAUUUUUCGCCUACAAACGUGUUGCUAUCUGCAUCUGUUCGUCAACAACCUAAUGUCUGCCCCACAGCUUUUUGCCAUAGUGUCUUUUUUCACACAAAACACCGAUCGACUAAGUCCCCCUUAGUAAACAGUGCGCAAACGCCGGUUGCUUGUUUUUAUUACACACUUAACGAGGAUAUAUUUUACAUUGUUUCGAACUGAAUAGAUUCACUAAUAUCACUGAAUCAGUGUGCCUGCAAACUUACACUCAGACAACACAUCGGAAAGAAAAGUGUCGUCCUAUAUUAGUUUAACAUUAUUUUUCCUUCUCAUUUACAAAGAUCUAGCGAUUUAGCACAUACAUUACUCAAAGGCUCAUUUUAAGCCCGAUGGAUAAAAGUGACGAUUGUUUUCAUUUUGAAGCCUUGUACUGAAGAACCGACGUUAAACUUCGUAGCCAGCAACAACAAUGUGAUGAACAUGACUGAUACUCUAUUCGUUGCUCUAUUCAUUAUUCUCUUGUUUUAAUAUUCCACAUGCUGUAUAUAUUCGCCAAUUCGAACACAUACGUGCU